CUGUUGAAUUUCCGCAUGGAACGAAGAUCACAGCAAGAUGGAUAGUACCACAUGGAGCGGAUCUAUGGAUCAAACUAUGCUCCCUGGCUGACUGAAGUUCUAUCGGAUUCUAAAGUAAUCUGCGCUGGAGCACUCAUAAAUAAUCCGAUUUGCUUUAAAAAGGAAGCACAAAUUUGAAAAAAUCAUGAUAGCCACGAAAAUUUCCGAGUAACAAAGGCCUACUUUCCGAUGAUUUUCCCGCUCAUCAAUACGAAUAAUUUGUGUAUCUUUCGGUUGCAAACGAAAGUGGAAUUUAAGACACACAUACGACCGAUGUGUAUCACAAAAAGUCCUAAAAGCAUUGGGAGUCCUUGGACUGAGACAAUCUGAAAUGAUCCUUUCAAGGGCUUUUUACGAUAAGGAAUCCUUAGUUAUCGUGAUAACGAAACAUAUUCUGACGUUUAUAUCAAUGUUAUGUCCCAUAAUAACUGAUUUAGAUAAGUACUCCAAUCAUGAAAUCAGUAUACUAAAUAGUUAAUGGAAAAUUCAUUACUUGAACAGUAUUGAGUUGGAUUUUUAAUUGGUUUCCUAUUCAACAUUUGCUCGCUAUGAAACGGAAAUAUCAAAUAAGAACUUCUCUUUAAGUACUGACUCAUAUUUCUGAAUAAAUUAUUUGUUGGUGGCUUAAUCUUUCAGUUAAAUAAAUGUUCUGAUCGCUGAUAAGAAAAAACAUAAAAGCGCAGCGGGAAGCGCCAGCUCAAUGGAAGAUUGCUUUUAAU